AUGAGUAAGAUCGUCAGAAAGAAGUGGGAGGAAACGUGGUCCUCGUUCAAGGAUCGAGUCAAGAGCAUUCGAACCAAACGUCUCAUCACGCUCGACGACAAAAAAGAGCUGGGCCAGCUCGAAACUCAGCUACGCUCUGUAUACCAGGAAGAAGUUGCCUCAAACGUCGCCCUCUCUUCCAAAUUCGAGACUCUCAAAAAGGAGUUCGAGGCCCUUCGAGCGGAGCUAGCCGCGAGCACCAAAGCACACAAAGCAUGGGCCGCCAAAAUGAACGCCCAGCAUGCGCACGAGAUUGCUAGCCUCAAAGGCACUAUCGCUGCGCAAGCAAACAAGAUCGGAAGCUUGCAAGCCGACAGUAAACCCUUGCCCGAGGGUAGCAAGAGUUUCACCGACUUCAACGAUCUUGUGAGUCCAUCGUGCGCAAAAUAGCCUACGCAAGGAGUGGAGAUGGCACUUAAAUGCGCACCGGCGCUGGCCAGCUGCGUUCUACUUGCGGUCGGCCUCGCACGUCGAAAGAUAGCGACUUGAAACGACCCAUUGAUGAUCGAUCCUGAUCUCUCUGUCACAGUACGUGCUCAUGCGCUAUCUGGGUCAGUUUCUGGAGGUCGAGGUCACCCCCCCAAGAAGACGCCGGUCCUGUCACACUACAGAUUCAACGUGUGUCCAAAGUUCUUCUGGUAAGCUGCCUUUGCUCGCCGAUGACUGUGAUGACUCUGACGUCCAUGCGCGACUUUCUUGGCAGGAACUCCAUGAUGCUAAGAAGGUAGCUGAUGUACCUUUUGAAGAGAUCAUGAGCGCAUUCAAAGUAGGUGCAGUUUGCCUGAGUAUGCAAAAGUCCUAGCUGAACCCAGCGCUUCCCUUUCUUAGGAUCAUGCGGAGCGCAAGCAGAGCGAAAGUACGAACAGCAAGAAGCCCUCGCUCGACUAG